UUGCUCAGGUUAAUUUGUAAUUAAGUCAACUAAUUUUUUAACAUAAACUAACUUUUUUCGGUAAAAAUCCACGAUUUUUGGCGGCAAAUCAGCUUGUUUUUGCAUGCUUUCUAUUGUUUUUUGUGUCUUUCGGCCCUACAGUAACCUUGUAAUAAGUCGACGUGUAAGAAAACGGGACAAAAACCGGUUUUUUGCGUCCAACUCAUCUCUUCCCUUUUUCUUCCUUCUUCUUCUCAUUUAUUCCAUUUUUAUUCAUUCUUUUCUGGUUUUUGGAAGGCGAAAUCCACAAAUUUUGAUCAUUUUUAAUUAAAAAUAACCAUGGAAAUUUUGCCACGUCAUAGCUUUUUUUUUGCCCCGAAGAUAACAAUCUAAUCUUUCUUUGUUUUUCUACUGCCACUUUUUUUUUGUUAUCCAAAAAAGCAGAAUGUCAAGGUCACCCAGAAUAUUUGACCUAAUCCCAUUUUUUGAUGAUCACUUAUAAUUUUCUUCUACAUAUCCCAAAAAAUCCACAUUUUUUUUAGGAAAAUGAGAUUAAGUCUCGUUUGUCUGCUGGCAGUGGCUUGUGGAUUUGCCACAGCGAGUUUCGAUAAGAUCAAGGAUUCGAUUCAGAAUCCAUUGGCUAGAGGUGGGUGAAAAUCUGAAAUUUUGGGACACUUUGAUAUUGAAAAUGGUCAUUUUUAUGAAAACAUCAUCGGUAUAAUCGAAAUUUUGAAAUUCCAAACAAAAAAUGUAUAUAUUUUUUGAAACAGUGAAUUCUUUUUUGAAAUUAAAAAAAAACUCACUGUUUCAAAAUUUUUUGUGAUUAAAAAAUUGGUAACAGUGGACAAAAAAAUCUUCCUAAUUAUAAAAAGAACUUUAAAAAUUUUAUCAGAAAUUUUUAAUUCUUGAAGUUUUGGAAAAGUUUGAAGAUGCAAGGAUCAAAAAUCUGAAAUUCCCGAAAAAAAUGUAUAUUUUUUGAAACAGUGAUUUUUUUUGCAGAAAAAAUUCACUGUUUCAAAAAUUUUCGAUAAGCUUUUUCCAUGAUUAAAAAUUGAUAGCAAUGGGCAACAAAAUCUUCCUAAUAAAAAAAUGAACUUUAAAAAUUUUAUCAGGAAAUUUUGAAUUCUCGAAGUUUUGGUAAAUUUUGGAGCUGCAAUUCAAAGGAUCAUCAAAAAAUCUGAAUUUCCAAAAAAAAAUUGUAUAUUUUUUGAAACAGUGAUUUUUUUUUGAAAUUUAAAAAAAAAUUAACUGUUUCAAAAAUGUUCGAUAAGCUUUUUCCAUGAUUAAAAAAUUGGUCACAGUGCGAAAAAAUCUUCCUAAUAAGAAAAGAACUUUAAAAAUUUCAUCAGGAAAUUUUUAAUUCUUGAAGUUUUGGGAAAAUUUAGAGAAGCAACCUUCUUUGAUCAAAAAUCUAAAUUUCCAAAAAAAAUUGUAUAUUUUUUGAAACAGUGAUUUUUUUUUUGAAAUUUUAAAAAAAUUCACUGUUUCAAAAAAUUUUCGAUAAGCUUUUUCCAUGAUUAAAAAUUGAUAGCAAUGGGCAACAAAAUCUUCCUAAUAAAAAAAUGAACUUUAAAAAUUUUAUCAGGAAAUUUUGAAUUCUCGAAGUUUUGGUAAAUUUUGGAGCUGCAAUUCAAAGGAUUAUCAAAAAAUCUGAAUUUCCAAAAAAAAAUGUAUAUUUUUUGAAACAGUGAUUUUUUUUCGAAAUUAAAAAAAAAUUCACUGUUUCAAAAAUUUUCGAUAAGCUUUUUCCAUGCUUAAAAAAUUGGUAAUAAUGGAAAAUCUUCCUAAUAAUAAAAAGAACUUUAAAAAUUUUUAAUUCUUGAAGUUUUGGGGAAACUUGGAGCAGUACAUUUCGCUGAUCAAAAAUCUAAAUUUCCAAAAAAAAUGUAUAUUUUUUGAAACAGUGAUUUUUUUUUCGAAAUUUAAAAAAAAUUCACUGUUUCAAAAAUUUUUGAUAAGCUUUUUCCAUGCUUAAAAAAUUGGUAAUAAUGGAAAAUCUUCCUAAUAAUAAAAAGAACUUUAAAAAUUUUUAAUUCUUGAAGUUUUGGGGAAACUUGGAGCAGUACAUUUCGCUGAUUAAAAAUCUGAAUUUCCCAAAAAAAAUGUAUAUUUUUUGAAACAGUGAAUUUUUCAAAAACUAGAAAUAUUCAGAUUUUCUACUGUAGUUUUCGCCCCCGAAAAGUUACAGUUUCCCAAAAACCUGAAAAUUUCAGAUAUUUUGCGAGUACUGUAGAUUUGUCUGAAAAAAAAGAAAAUUCGAUUUUCAGCUUUUAAAAAUUACUAGAAAAACUUUUUUCAAAUUUUUAAUUUAAAAAAAAAUCCACUGUUUCAAUGCAAAAGUAUAGAAAAACCAAAGAUUUUCUACCAUUCUAUUUGAUUUUUCUAUUUUCAAAAAAAAAAUCAUAUAAAAUUUUGAGAUGUUCGCAUAAUUCUACCAAAAAUCCCGAAAAUUUUCCAGGAUUUGGUGACGACAUCGCGUGGGUAAAAUGGGAAGAUGCCAUCGAAACGGCUCUCGACAACAACAAGCCAAUCUUCCUUUUGAUUCACAAAUCCUGGUGUCACGCUUGCAAAGCGCUCAAAAAAACCUUCCAACAAUCAAACGCCAAGAAGGCUUUCAAACGAUUAUCCGAAUAUUUCAUCAUGGUUAACACCGAAGACGAUGACGAGCCAUUUGAGGAAGAAUAUCGACCAGAUGGCAAAUAUAUUCCACGUUUAUUGUUUUUGGACAAAAAUGGUGAUCAUUUAGUCGAAUUCAAGAACCGAAAAGCUGAAUAUAAAAAUUAUGCGUACUAUUAUUCAUCGCCGGCUGAUAUUUUGAAUUCGAUGAAAGAAGUUUUGAAACAUUUUGAUAUUGAAGUUCCAGAAUUGAAGAAGGGUGAUAAAUUGAAGCCAAGAAAGCCGGAAGGAAAGAAGAAGGACAAAAAGGAACUUUAA